AAUUGGUUAUAAGCAUCUCGGCGUUGGCAGGCUCUGUUCAGCCGCUACUCCGAGUUCUGCGGGCGCUCAAUCCCUUUGUCCCAGCCAACCAUGGCUAGCCCACUACGCUCCCUGCUGCUCCUGCUGGCUGUCCUGGCGGUGGCCUGGGCCGCGUCCCCCAAGCAAGGUAUGCGCUUGGUGGGCGGCGUGAUUGAUGCAAACGCCAACGACACCGGAGUGUUGGAAGCGCUGAACUUCGCCAUGAGCGAGUACAACAAGGAAAACAACGACGCGUACCACAGCCGUGCCAUACAGGUGGUGAAGGCACGUAAGCAGAUCGUGGCUGGAGUAAAAUACUUUUUGGAUGUGGAGAUAGGCAGAACCACAUGUACCAAGACUGAGACAGCCUUGGAAUUGACUAAGUGUCCUUUCCAUGAGCAGCCUCAUCUGAUAAAGAAGGCAUUCUGCUCCUUCCAGAUCUUCAGUGUGCCCUGGCUAGGCAAACAAACCCUGACGAGAUCCAGCUGCAAAAGCGCUUAAGGGCUGAGUCCAGUAAGGUGAUGCAGACUGCUCCUUACUUAUGCUCUUUCCCUGUAGUGCUUCAACCCUCAGAAAGGCUGUCCAGCUCUCGAGGGCAUCUCCAGUGUGUCAGCACCAGGAGAAGCUGCUGCAGGCAGGUUCUGCACGUCUGAACAGCUAUCCCCUGGUUCUGCCCUUCUCCUUUCAGUACCUGUCAGGCCUUGCUCAAUUAAAAAGAAAAAAAAAAAAUCCUUUGGCUUUGUCUGAGUUGCUUCUGUCUUGGGAUAUGCAACAAGGGAAAACAGAAAACAGCAGGUAAAGGCUUGUGUGUACAUGCAUAUUAGGAUGAGCCCUGUUGCUUUAUGAAAUAUCCAGGACUCAGAGCAGAUAAAAGAACAGAAAGAGGCAGAGAACUUGGUGUCAGUCAGCUACAGUGGUUCCUGGCAGAUGCCCAAGGGCCAGGUGUGACCUGAGCUACCACAGUUAAGAGUUAGUGAGGCAGGCAGAAGGUGCCAUAAAUGGGCCCAGUCUUGCCUAUUUUUGCAGAGGUGACCUGAUGGAGGGAACUGCCCUCACUAAGAGACUCUGUAAAUGAUAAUUCUAUGUAUGCUGGAUACAAUAGAAACUGUGUUUCUGGUGUGUGUGUGUGUGUGUGUGUGUGUGGACUCAAGGGUAAAGCCCAGCACAUCUGGAACCUGCCUGCCUAGGCAUGAUGAGUGCCAUAACUUGGGAUUUGAGCCAGUUCCUAUACUCACCCCAUUCUGUAAAGUAGGAACUGUAAUAGUUCCUCCUGGGAUUUAUUAGAAUUAAAUAUUAUCUAUACAUUUUAUAAUACAGUAGAAUGUAAUGUAUCAACUUUAUUGUAUGAGAACAUAGUAAUCCAGCCAAGAUAGUCAUAGAAUUUGCUUUAAUGACCUAUUCCAUUUUGUUUUUUCAGAACUAUUCCAUUUUCUUAAAAUACUUUUAAAAUUUUUGUAACAUUUUAAUUUUGUUUUUAGUUUUUACCUUUUUUAAGCAUUUAUUUUUAUUUUAUUUGCAUUGGUGUUUUGCCUGCCUAUAUGUCUGUAGGUGCCAGAUCCUCUGGAAGUGGAGCUAUAGACAAUUGUGGGUGCUAGGAAUUGAAUCCGGAGCCUCUGGAAGAACAUCCAGUGGUCUUAACCACUGAGCCAUCUCUCAAGACCCAGUUUUUUAAAAUUUUUAUACAAUAUAUGUUGGUCAUAUUCUUUCCCCUCCCUCAGCCCCUUCCAAAUCUCUCCCAACCACCAAAAACUUCAUCACCAAUUUCAUAGUCUUUCUCUUAAAAAAAAGAAAAGAAAACUCAACAAAAAUAAAGAACCCAGAAAUCCCAAACACACACAUGCACACAUACACGUACACACAGACACGAACCGGACUAACUUCCAAACGUCAUUGCUAGGGUACUCUAGUCUUACCAGGUUUGUGACUUUUUUUUCUCACAUAUUUCACUUUUCCUCAGUACCUUCCAUUUCUCCACAACCUUCUUCCACUCUCCCACCUUCAGCAAGUUCAUUGGUUCCUCAGUGUGAUAGAAUAUUCCAGCAUAUUUCAGAAUUUUCCACUCCCAGCUAGACACUCAAAUCACAGAGCUCACUAAAAUAACAUCUGUCCUUUGAUACUGAACUGCAGCAUUUGUUUGUCUUUGGGCGAAGUCCAGGCCACUUAUGAGCUGACUAAGGGAACUAGCCAUACUUCCUAGAUACCAGCAGGCAGUGAUCCUGAAAAGUGUGUUCCCAUGGCCCUGUGCUCCUGGGACAGUCACAGUAAUCAUGGCAGAGGCACACCUCUAAAGAGGCUGCCUUACAAGUUGCCAAGGCCCCGCCUUAUGACAAGAUCCACCCUGCCCCUGUGUCUGGAGCUUUGACUUGGCUCAGCAGUCAAGGUAGCCCAUCCUCAUCCUAGAUUUGCAUAUCUUUUGCAUAUCUGUUAUUGUCCUGAGCUGGAACCUGACCGAGGUUGUACUCUGAAAAUUCUCCAGUGAUCCAUAACAACUCAGUUAAAUUCAAAAGGUGAAGAGGCAGCCUACACACACACACACAAAUACACACAAAUUCCAUUUGUGUAUCUGAUACACAAUGCAUAUCCAGAACACAUAAAUAGCUAUUAAAAAUCAAUAAGAAAGCCAUCUAAGAAAACUUCCUUUUGAAAAGAUGUUGCCAUUAGAAAAAGAAGACAAUCUGAUUUUUCCCCCUUCAGAGGGAAAGUCAAGCAUCCUCACUUGGGCCCUCCUUGUUACUUAGCUUCUUUGGGUCUAUGGAGUGUAGCAUGGUUAUCUUGUAUCUUAUGGCUAAUAUCCACUUAUGAGUGAAUAUACACCAUGUGUGUCUUCCUGCAUCUGGGUUACCUCACUCACUAUGUUAUUUUCCAGUUCCACCCAUUUGCCUACAAAUUUCAUAAAGUCUUUGUUUUUAAUACCUAAGUAGUAUUCCAUUAUGUAAAUGUACCACAUUUUCUUUAUCUAUUCUUCAGUUGAAAGACAUCUAGGUUGUUUCCAUUUCUGGCUAUUAUGAAUAAAGCUGCUGUGAACACA